AGAUUUUUAUUCACAAAUGUCAUUCGCCUUACAGUUUUUCCUGAAGACUGUGAAAUUUAAAUACACAACUUACCGACAGUUGCCUUUAUAAUCGUUUGAAAUGCCAUCAUGUUUUUCUCUCUUUUUUUCUCGACUGUACUUGUUUUGUGUCAUAUAGCCGUCAAAUUUCACAGUUUAACACUGUAGUUAUAGCGAAUAUAAAAAUGAAACAUUUGUCAAUAAAGUUUUCCAAAAAAGUAUUUAAACAAAGUGGAAGGCUACUAUCUUGACGGCGCCGUGACUCUUUGGGCGGACUAGCUGCCUGUCCGGACAGCCUUCUCGACAUGUUGACAUUUCUGCCUGUAAGGGUUGAGCAAUUGAGAUAAGGGACCAUUUAACAGACAUAUUUUUGCUGUAGCGAUGCCCAUGGAUGCCCACAUUUCUUCAAACCGCUUGAUACCAGGAUGUUAAUCCCAGCAGUGUCUCUGCGAGCUGCUGAAGUUAGCAUUAGAGCUAAUGUCAACACAGAUUAAGGAGCUGUAAUCACACUUAAUAAUUACAGUCAGCGGAGGACCGGCGGCCACAAUGAGGAUUUUAAGAUUUUUGAGGAGCAGCGUGUCCAUUGGAAAGGACAUAGACUAUUAUUCUAAAUUUUCGCCAUCCCCUCUUUCAAUGAAGCAAUUUCUGGAUUUCGGUUCAGAAAAUGCAUGUGAGAAAACAUCAUUCGCCUUCCUCAGACAGGAGUUGCCUGUGCGGUUGGCAAACAUCAUGAAAGAGAUCAAUUUGUUGCCGGACAACCUGCUCAGGACUCCGUCAGUCCGGCUGGUCCAGAGCUGGUAUAUGCAAAGUCUUCAGGAGAUUCUUGAGUUCAGAGACAAAAAUGCAGAUGAUGAGAAAGUCACAUAUGAUUUCACAGACGCGGUGAUAAAAAUCCGAAAUCGACACAAUGAUGUCAUUCCGACCAUGGCUCAGGGAGUUGUGGAGUACAAGGAGGCUUACGGCACCGACCCGGUCGUCAGUCAAAACCUUCAGUAUUUUCUGGAUCGUUUCUACAUGAGCAGGAUAUCCAUCAGGAUGCUGCUCAACCAGCACACUCUCCUCUUCGGUGGGAAGGUGAAGGUGAAUCCAGCACAUCCCAAACAGAUCGGCAGUAUUGAUCCGAACUGUCGCGUCAGUGAUGUGAUCAGAGAUGCCUACGAAAAUGCAAGAAACCUCUGUGACAGGUAUUACAUGAACUCUCCUGAUCUCAUACUGGAUGAAUUCAACGUCAAAGAGGUAGAAAAGCCCAUCACGAUGGUCUACGUUCCAUCUCAUUUGUAUCACAUGGUGUUUGAACUUUUUAAGAACGCCAUGCGAGCCACCAUGGAGUUAUAUGGCGACUCCAUGGAGUAUCCUUCUAUCCACGCACAGGUCGCUCUAGGAACUGAAGAUCUCACCGUCAAGGUGAGUGAUCGCGGAGGAGGCGUGCCGCUGCGUAAGAUUGACAGGCUGUUUACCUACACGUACUCCACUGCUCCUCGGCCGAGCAUCGACGGGUCACGUGCCGUUCCUCUGGCUGGUUACGGGUACGGUCUACCCAUCUCACGCCUUUAUGCCCGGUACUUUCAAGGGGACCUGAAGCUGUACUCUCUGGAGGGUUACGGAACCGAUGCAGUGAUCUACAUUCGGGCACUUUCAACAGAGUCCAUCGAGAGGCUCCCGGUGUACAACAAGUCAGCCUGGAAACACUACAAGACGAUCCACGAGGCCGAUGACUGGUGCGUCCCGAGCAAAGAGCCCAAGGAUAUGACUACAUUUCGUAGUUUCUAGAGUCAAAUGGCUGCGAUCCCGUAGCAAAGCAAGCAAGAUUGUUCUCACAAAAUGGUCGGUGGACUGGUGUAAAUGAACGGUGUGUGUGUGUGAGUGUGUGUGACGGUAACGAAUCAGUUCAGAUUUGUUUGUAUGAACAAAGACAGAACAAAAUUUUAGUGCCAUAUAUUUCAUACAGAACAAUAAUGUUGUUACCAUGAACACUGUAGAGUGCAGCCGCCCCCACAGACCUAAUGGUACUUAUACCAAUGGUAGUAACAUUUCCUAACCAAUGCUGGAUUUUUUAGACGUUUGAGUUUAAAAUAAUCCCGAUAUUGAUAAACUGGCCAAUAUUUGUUCAGGAUAUCUUGAAAAGUCUUAAAAACCAUCAAGUUCAGUUCUCUCAUAAAAGGCCUCAGAAGGUAUUAAAAACUCUGAGUUGAACUCUGAAAAAACUGAAUUUCAUUGACAAAAAGUCUUGAAUAUUUUACUACAAGUGAGGCUGGCGUGACGGUGGAUUGUGCUGCAGGAAGCUGUUAAAUCUUUUUUAGUGGAGAUUCAGUCGGCACCAUCACAGCUGUAAACACCGUCACUACUGCUCACUACUGUAGGAAGCUCAUCAACUCAGUUUUGAAGUACAAAAUCUUUGUAUUAUUUUGUAAUUGAUUAAUCCAUCCAUCGAUUUUCUUUUAUUUGAGCCCAGGUGACAUUAAUUGAUCAACUAUAAUUUUUUUGCCAAGAAGUACAGACAAAAAUGUCACUAGAUGAUUGUACUUCAUAAAUAAUUGGUAAAUGCUAAAAUGGACUGUAUUUAUAUAGCGUAGUGUAGUCCUCUGACCACUUUACACUACAUGCAAACAUUCACACACUGAUGGCUGAGGCUGCCAUGUAAGGUGCCAACCUGCUUAUCAGGAGGAUUUUCUAAUCACUCACACACAUACACUCACACUCUUGGUACAGCCUUCAGGAGCAACUUUGGGUUCAGUAUCUUGCCCAAGAACACUUUGACAUGUGGACUGGAGGAGCCGGGGAUCGAACCACUGGACCACCCGCUCUUCCUCCAGAGCCACAGCAGCCCCUAAUUGUAGGCCUCAUUGUCCGUCAUUCUGUUAUUCCGAUAUAAUCAUAAAACAGGUUUUAAAUUGUGUUCAAGGUGGUAUUAAAAAGGCCAUAAAAAGUCUUAAAUUUAAUUUGGUGAAAACUGCAGGAACCCUGUUGUUGUUUUUAUCAUAAUCACAAAACCAUGAGGUUUGUGAAUAAGAUGUGUACUGAGCAGACACAUCUGACAGUGCUCCCUGUAAUGGCAACUCUGUUUUUAAAUGACCUCAAACAUUUCUGAACCCCUGAUUUCUUGUUACAACAUAUAAAACAUAUAUCAGCAAUAAGCUAACAUCAGCUGACAGGUAAAAUGUCCUUUUUUUGAUGCUUUGAGCUCCACAAACAGAAUUCAAUUAAUCGUCCGUGUAUUGAGGUGGUGGCCGAAGUUUUAACAGAGAUCUCAAAACCUUUCAAAACCAAAUUGGAGCAAUCUGCAUGGCGUGUUACAGUAGGUCAUUUGGGUGACCUUUAACCUUUUGAGCUGAUGUGUAUAGUGACACAUUGUCUUUACAAUAAGUUUUCAGUUUGCUGCUUUUGGCUGAUUGCUUCACUGCUUAUAUUUUGAUGAAAGUAGAACAGUAAGCGCUACAGUUUGUUCAGCUCUGUCCAUCCCCUCGACUUUGUGUGAUGCUCUGAGAAACACGUUACAGAAGUAGUUGCUGCUUGUUUCUUGGUCAUUUUGGUUUUCCUGCUUCCAUAAAGGGCAUUUCUAUUUAAGCUGUAUGGUAACUACAAGCAACAUGUGAUAGAAGUAUUUAUUUCACCAUCUGUAAAGGUAAAGUGUGCACACACUUUUACUGUAUGUAACAUAGCUGAAGUCUAAUAAAUAUCUAGGCUGAUAUGAAGAUGCAGUCUUGAAACAAGCUGUUUUCUCAUUAAAGUGUGUCACCUAUAAGAGCA